GUCAGUUUGUCGAACUUCAGCCUACGCUUGAUGUUUCUGACUUAAAGAGCUAUGCUGCCACAGUGAGCAUUAGUUCUGUGCCCAGAAAUGGUCCAUGUGGCCUUGCGUUGAACAUCUCUUGUGCAAGACAUCUUUUACUUAAUUUCAACAAUUAGAGCCAUGCAGUUAACGCCUGUGGCUGGAGCCAGCUGGAUGGUGCCUUUAAUUCUACUGAGCAAUUUGGAAAUAGGAGCUGGCCAGGUUACCUGUGGAUCAGACGAGUUCCUGCAGGCAGGAAGCUGUCGUCCCUGUCCUCAAUGUCCUGAUGGGGAGCACCUCAGUCAUGAGUGUGGUGCUGGAGCAGAGUGUGUUCCCUGCCCUCCGGACUACUACUCCAAUGCUACCACCAGGCCCCGAUGCUGGCCGUGCACCGACUGCAAUGUGGAGAAUAAAGUACAAGAAUUGAGCUGUAGACCCAAUCACAAUGCAGUCUGUGGGAGGUGUUUGGAAGGGUACUUCCAAUUUGCAGGCCGCUUCUGCCACCAUUGCAGCAUUGAACCAACUAUCCCAUACUGUGUAGACUGGUUGGCACAACAAACAACAACUGGACAGCCUGGAACAACAGAGAAUCUUUGGAAAACAAGCAGCUCAACAGGCAACAAACAAGACGUUGUUACUGACAGUUAUGUUAAACACUAUAUUCACUGGGACCCGGGUACCAUUUCCGUCACUGUCAUCCUCACCGCCAUUGCCCUGAUCACAGCAGCAGCAUGCAUUGCCAGAAAAUGGGAAUGUAGAUGCUAUUCAGGGGCACAUGACAAUACUAUCAGGGAAGAGCCUGAAAAGCAAGAUUUAGGAAUGAUAGAACAGGGCAUUACAGGCAGUCAGAAUGGAGGUCAGAUCCAUGACAAUGACAACUUGGGUGAUCAGUCCUCAGCUAACUUGGACAGCGGGUAA